UAGCUCGUCAAAGCCCUCAUGGAAGGGUAGGUCUGAAUGACAGCUCAAGAUUGGUUUCCAACAAAGCUCAACCCAAAUGCCUCUCUCUCUCUCCAAGUUCUCAUCUUCAACAAUCUCUGUGUGUCAUUCCUCACCAAAGCCACCAUGUCUCUUACAACCUUGAUGUUUAGGUCACUGGUGAGGCUAUUGAUAUCUUUGGUGGGUGAACCAGUGGCCUCAAUCUCAACCUUACUCUACUACAGUGAUCUUCUCCCUCAAAACAUCAUUUUGCAGAGAAUGGUUCGACACGAAUUGCUUGAUCAAGAGAACUACUUGUUCCAUUUUCUCAUCAAUUUCUUGAGAUGUUUUUGGUAGAUACAGAUACAGUCCCACAAGAUACCAUUCAGAAUGAAUCUGAGCCGCACAUUGAUUUUUUUAGGUGCGUGUAGGUAUAAUUGUUGAUCAAUUAUAGCCAUCGCAUGUGAGUCAUAAUGCAAUGAAGUGGAUCGUCGUGAUUCAAUAUUUUUUUUUAGCAUGAAUUAUAGGUGAACCGGCUUGUUUAUGAAAUUAUAACCAUUGAUUCUCAAUAAGUUUUGUUUUGUUUUGUUUCGUUUGGUUUUUCCAAACAUCUGAUAUAUUCUUAGCAUGUGCAACUUAACUUAUGUCUUAUUAAGGGAAUUAGAUGUAUUAAUUGACUGGUGGAAUGAAAUUGAAAUUUCAGUCAAAUUUUGAA